CCCAGAGUACGUUGGGAGCGAGAUUGAGGAGGCCAAGAUGGCGGCGCCCUUGUGGUUUGGGAGUCGGUGUGCUCCUGUCCUCGGUACCUUCGUUUCUUCCUCCCGACACAGUCAAGCUUGUCUGGAACAGUGCGGGAGACGGUUUUUCAGCAGAAAACAACGUCCCAAAGCUAUAGUGGCUCCUGUCGGUGCACUUAAGGCAAAUGUCCAGUACCCCGAGCCCAUCCAAGAGGGGGAGAUUAAAUACCAGGAAGAGUACCCGUGGCACGAGAAAACCUCGCCGAUCUCCCAGCAGCUGUACCACUCGGAGGAACCCCCGCCCUCUCACGGUGUGGAUAUCGGACUGCCUGUACCGAGGUUUCCAGGGGCGAAGAAGUUCCGACAGCUGAAGAGGAAGCUGACCAAUGAGAACAGAGCCAGCUCGGAGCUGGAGAGAGCGGCACGGCUUCGGACGUUGAAAGUGCCCCUGGAUCAAGUGAAAGAAGACUGGCAGGCUUCAUUUGGACACGAACAGUUAAAGGACGUAGCUACGCAUUACAAUAUCUGGAAAGACUUGUUUGAAGGAGCACAUUUUCACCCUGUUGUGGUAACCAACGUGUACUACGACUGCGAUGACGAUCACGCGAUCCCUGUGUACCGUGGUAAUGUGGUCACUCCUACAGAGGCCUCAAGACCUCCAGUUGUACAAUAUGAAAGUGAUGAGAAUUCUCUGUGGACACUUAUCUUAACAAAUCCAGAUGGGCAUCUGAGAGAUAAUGAAGCAGAGUAUCUCCACUGGUUUGUAGGUAACAUCCCAGGAAGUGACAUCAGUAAAGGGGAGACGGUGUGUGAAUACUUCCCUCCCUUCCCUCCACAAGGCACAGGGUACCACAGAUUUGUGUUCAUCCUCUUCAAACAAGAAGGGCCACUGGAUUACAGCAUGGAGAGGAGACCAGCACCAUGUCAUAGCUUAAGAAGAAGAACGUUCCAUACGUUUGAGUUUUACCGGGAUCGUCAGGACCAGCUGACUCCGGCUGGGCUCAACUUCUUCCAGUGCCAGUGGGACCAGUCUGUCAGGGACACCUUCCGCAGUGUACUCAAUAUGCCGGAGCCCAUCUUUGAGUACGACUUCCCGAAGCCAUUCAUUGCACCACAGCUGAUGAUUCCCCACAGAAAACCCAUCCAGUACCUGGACAAAUACCUACCGAAAGAGCCUGUACUGAAAAGGUUCUGAUCUGCCCGAAAAUAAUUUCAUCUUUUUGGUAAAACACAUCCAAUAGUAACUCUCGCCUGCUUGUGCCGCAAAAGUGGCACCUACAUCGGCAUAUGUACAUGUGGCAGCGAGAAGCUUUACUCCAGUCAGAAGCUCUGAUCAAGGAAGUGUGUGUCUGAUAAAUAUAGAAACAUUAGCAGAUGAGAGUUAUUACCUGUUGUGUAAAAGCACAAGAAAACCCCAAUAUCCUACAUUCUGAUUCUCAGAGCUGAUGAUGUAAUCAACUGUAGGAUUAGUGUGGAGUUUGAAAAGGGACUGGAAGCUUUUGAGACUUUCAGAAAAGUACUAGUAUUCCCUAUAUUGAAUAGGACAAAAUUGAGCUUUUUUCUACGACACUUCUAUUUGUGCAUUUUGACAUUUCGGCCCGUCCAUCCCAACAAUUUGUAAUGUUGUGCAUGAUGUAACGACUAGUAUACAAUUGAAUACAUGUACCAAAAGCAAAAUAAAGACACAUGUACAGUAUGUCUGUCUCAGGACUGAGAUAUUGACACGUCUUGACUUGUUUAUUUCUUACAUAAUAAUCUAACAUUUACAUACACAAUUAAACUUAAUGAUUCUCUUUGGGUCUUCCUUGGGUACCAAAAUUUACAUCAGGAUAUUACAUCAUAACUGGCUUAUAUAUAUAUCUGAAAUCAAUAAAAGCAGUCUUAUACCCCAUGCAUACGUAUAGAUAUAGAUAUAUGGUUUGUUCUGGGUUUGAAAGGUAAGUAAUCAGAACACUUACGAUUAUUGAAAUGUCAAAAUACACAAUGUAAAUCUUACACUUCAGCCUACUUUUUCAUCUCUGGCCUAAAAAAGGAAGAAAUAUUAUUUUUGCAUUUUGUAAAGUAAAAAGUAAGGAAUGGUAUAGGAGCUUGUAGUAGUAGCACUGUUUACACUAGAAAAUACACAUUUAACCAUCUAAUACAUAUUGCACCUUUACACCUUUAGUGGUUUACAAUUAUACUAACUAUUACUUACAUCAAACACAAUAUAAGUUAUAUACUAUAUGAGAACUCACAACAUGGAUAUGUACAUCGUAUUACUACCUAACUAUGUACAUUUUUAAUGCCAAUUUGCCAUGCUUGAAUACAGUACUUAAAUAUGCAGUUUUUGUCUUUGGUUGAUCAAGAUGGCAGUUUUGAUUUCCUUGUUUCCACUUUGAAAUAUAGGGAAAGAUACUAUGAAAUUUUCAUCACAGUCCUUCUUAGUUUGGCACCAAAUUUGUUUUGAUCCAGUAAACAUUACCCUAGUGGGAACGCUCCCAAUCCGACUUGGUUUGGCUUGAUGCUGUGCAGAGCCGGAUCAAACUGGAUUGAGUUCCUACUGGGGUAAAGUUUACUGGAUCAAAGUCGGUUGCCAAUAUAUUCAGCGCCAUCUGGUCAAUUUUAUCCUAGAGGGAAAAGGGCCAAAGGUUUUAGCAGUCUGACCUAUAAUACUAUAAUAGUCAGAACAAAUUUGAUGCCGAAAGGCUAAGAAAGAAGAGGUUUUAAAAAAUGUCCAAUGUACAUGUCACUUUCACUCAUUGGAUCAUAGAUUCUUUUCACUUAUUAAUCUCUGAACUUUUCCUUGUUAAAAUUGAAUAUCUUUGAUAACAAAUUUGUCUAAUUUGUUUUGGGAAUCACCAAGUAUUGUACCAACACCUACCACCAAAUUGAAUACUGCAUGGUCAAAACAAUAACGUCUUAUAGUUUACAUAAAUGUUACUGCAACUUGUAAAUAUUGUCCUGUCUUAGAAGGACUUUCUAUAGAAGUCAUAGUAAUCCAAGUACUAAAAUCUCAAACAUAACACAUUUCUGGAUCUAUAGAAAGAAAAAAAAAA